GCUUCACCACCCCAUCCACCACCACCAGAUGUCCAGAUCCCCGCACGGGCGCAUCCUCCCCUCCCACCGCAACCCGGCCCUCUCUUCCCCAUCCUCCUCCCUUCAGCCCCGUAGGCGUCCACCCCCGCCGAUCGCCCUCCUGCUCCGCGGUGGCGUGAGUGCUGGAGGUCCAUCCGGAGUUGGAUUGGCCUCGUCUUUCUUGGCACGGAGGUUUUGCCACCAUUCAAGAUCGUCAACAUUGCGGAAAUGGGAGGUGUAAUUGGUGGUGAGUCGCCAAGGAACAGUUCCCCUGCAUCAAAGUUAGAGAGGAAGAUGGUUGAGGCCAUGCAGCAGAGGGCAUUGAAAGGAACUUCUGUGAAAUCUUUCAACAGUGUCAUAAUGAAAUUCCCUAAAAUUGACGAGAGCUUGAGAAACUGCAGGACCAUCUUUCAGCAAUUUGAUGAAGAUUCCAAUGGUGAAAUAGAUCAACAGGAACUCAAGCACUGUUUCCAGAAAUUGGGUAUCGAAUCUACUGAUGAUGAAAUAAAAGAUCUGUUUCAGGCAUGCGACAUUUAUGAACACAUGGGCAUGAAGUUCAAUGAAUUUAUUGUCUUCCUGUGCCUUGUUUAUCUUCUCAAUGAUCCUGCGGUGUCUGAAGCAAGAAAAAGAAUGGGAUUAGGAUGUCUUGAGCCAACGUUCGAGACAUUGGUUGAGUCAUUUGUCUUCUUGGACAAGAACAAAGAUGGGUACGUCAGUAAGAACGAGAUGAUACAAGCAAUAAACGAGACCACUGCAGGAGAACGCUCCUCUGGGCGCAUAGGCGUGAAAAGAUUUGAGGAAAUGGACUGGGACAAGAAUGGCACAGUGACCUUCAAGGAGUUCCUCUUUGCUUUUACUCGCUGGGUGGGCAUCGACAAUGAAGACGACGAUGAUGACGACGAUGAAUGAGCGUGUCAAUUGGCCAUGUCAGCCCUCAGGAGGCCUCCAGCAGCUUCCUCCCUGACGAGUACUAUAUGACAGUCAAAAGUAGCUGUUCAUAUUUUCUUGGUGUCUAGCUGAUGGUAGAUGCUUACGUUCGUAUUAAUAGAGUGAACCCGAGUUAUUUCUAGUUGUGGCAAGAAUUUGCUGAUAAAAGAGUUACAUUGUUGAGAUGAUGUUCAGUUAGG